UUUUUAUAAUAUUUGGUAGGAUGAAGAAGACGAUGGUGGAUAUAGUCUUCUACUGAGUGAGUGGUAGUUUUCACAUCUCCCUCUUUGCUAUUUUCCUCUGCCCAAAAUCUUCCAAAAGUCCACAGGGGAGCAGGAAGAAGAAGAAGCUCGUGCCCGCAAAGCAAUGCCCUGCAAUUCUCAAACUCCGAUGUCUCCUCUUUAACUCUUCUUCCAGUUUCACCCAUUAAUUUAACAGAUACAAACAUCCCCACACCCCAAGGAUUUCAGAAAUUUUACACCCCACCAAAAAAACAAGGUUUAAUCCUCACUGCCUCACUCUCAUUUUGCAUGUUUUCUUUUUUGGCUGACCGGAGCGAGCAUUCCGGCGAGGAGACGGCGGUGUUUUUUCAGUUUUGAAAUGCCACAGCUCUGAAGCUUUGUUAAGCUCACAUAAGCUGAAGAUCUCUGUAAAGAAAUGCAAUUUUCGACCUUUCCUUCUGAUCCGGCCUGAAACUCUGUCGGAAGUUUUGUCAAGUAUACAGUUAAAUCUUAGUGAUCAUAUCUCUAGCCGUGAGUUUGAGGAGGCUGUGAGAGGCGAGAAUGGACUUCGGGGACAUAGCCAAUGUGGCUCAGCUGACGGGGCUGGACGCCGUGAAGCUGAUCGGAAUGAUCGGCAAGGCGGCGGCGACGGCGAGAAUGCACAAGAAGAACUGCAGGCAGUUUGCGCAGCAUCUGAAGCUGAUAGGGAAUUUGCUGGAGCAGCUCAAGAUCUCGGAGCUCAAGAGGUAUCCGGAGACACGAGAGCCGUUGGAGCAGCUGGAGGAGGCUCUGAGGAGGUCGUACAUUUUGGUCAACAGCUGCCAGGAUCGGAGCUAUUUGUAUCUGCUUGCAAUGGGAUGGAACAUCGUGUAUCAGUUCAGGAAGGCGCAGAAUGAGAUUGAUAGAUACUUGAAGCUUGUGCCUUUGAUUACUCUUGUCGACAAUGCUCGAGUCAGGGAGAGACUGGAAGACAUUGAACUGGAUCAACGUGAGUACACAUUGGAUGAAGAGGACAGGAAGGUGCAGGAUGUGAUACUUAAACCAGAUCCCUCUAAGCACGAUACUGUAGUGUUGAAGAAAACACUUUCUUGCUCCUAUCCAAACCUGCCUUUUUGCAAGGCGCUUGAAAAGGAAAAUGAAAAGCUUCAACUUGAACUGCAAAGAUCGCAAGCUACUUAUGAUGUGAGUCAAUGUGAAGUGAUUCAGCGUUUGUUAGAAGUGACAGAAGCUGUAGCUGCAAACUCUUCCCCUGAAAAAAAUCAGAAGAAAAUAGAGCGGGAUCAUUCAGAUGUCAAUAGUGAGAAAGUACAUUCACCUGAUGAAAAAAGCUACAAGAAGAGUGAAUCUCACAUUUCUCGAGGUUCAUAUCACCAUGGAGAGUGGAAUACUGAUCUUCUAGGUUGUUGCUCAGAGCCAUCUUUGUGUUUCAGGACAUUCUUCUAUCCUUGUGGGACAUUUUCAAAAAUCGCUACUGUGGCAACUAACAGGCAUAUGUCUUCAGGCGAAGCAUGUAAUGAGUUGAUGGCGUAUUCAUUAGUACUGUCAUGUUGUUGCUACACAUGCUGCAUUAGAAGGAAACUUCGCAAGACAUUGAAUAUUUCGGGAGGCUUCAUUGAUGAUUUCCUUUCACAUUUUAUGUGUUGCUGCUGUGCCCUUGUCCAAGAAUGGCGAGAAGUCGAAAUACGUGGAAUGACAUAUGGUCCUGAUAAGACGAAAAUUAGCCCUCCACCCUCACAAUACAUGGAGUCCUAAGCUAUAAAUCAAGCAUUCUGCAGUGUUUUGAGAUUCAUAUGUAAACCAUGUGUAAAGGUAAUGGCUAGUUGCCACUAUUACAGGAAAACUUACUCGAGGAAGUUAUAUGUCAUCAAAAUUUACUCAUGUAAAUUAGCUCUUGUUCUUUAUUUCUUAGGAGUCGGGACCUUGUGUAUCAGACUUUCUUGUAUCCUUGCGAUAAAUAGUAUAGAAGUGUUUGACUUGACCAA